UUGUUCCGCGCUCGGCCGGGGAGGGCGCGGGCGCUCGGCUUCCCAUGUUCCUCUCCCCGCCCCCGCCCCGUGGGCGCGAGAGGAGGCUGGGGGCUCCUUGUGCACCCGAGACGCCGCUGCCUGGCUCGCCCGGUGGGGUGUGGGUCCUCCGAGCGGUGCCGGGAAGGAGGUAUUCUCUGCCCGCGCGCCCAGGACUGCUCUACCUAGGGCGGGGGUCCGGAGUGGGUCGCCCCCCGCAGCGCCCUGGGUUCGCGGGCCCAGAGGCUGGAGGCAGCGAGGAGCUACGGUCCUUCACCCUCGUCGCAUGCCUCCGCAGGAGUCGGCGUCCCAGUUCCCUGCGAUGGCCGCGGGCCGCUGCCGUACGGAGCCGCCGCGCGGACCCCGGGGCGCCCCUUCCUAGCGGGGCGCAGCUCUUUCUUGUCCCCCGCCGGGCCAGCGGGAUGGGGGGCGGAGGGUCGGCCCUGAAGGUCUGCGCCGACCACCGCGGGGGCAUCAACUGGCUGAGCCUGAGCCCCGACGGGCAGCGCCUGCUGACGGGCAGCGAGGACGGCACGGCCCGGCUCUGGAGCACCGCCGACGGCCAGUGCUGCGCGCUCCUGCAAGGACACGAAAGCUAUGUGACCUUCUGCCAGCUGGAGGAUGAGGCCGCCUUCACAUGCAGCGCCGACUGCACCAUCAGGAGGUGGGACGUGCUGACCGGGCAGUGUCUGCAGGUGUACCGAGGACACACGUCCAUUGUGAACAGGAUCCUGGUUGCCAACAACCAGCUCUUCAGCAGCUCCUACGACCGGACAGCUCGGGUCUGGAGCCUGGACAAGGGGCAGAUGUCCCGGGAGUUCCGGGGCCACCGAAACUGCGUGCUGCCUCUAGCCUACUCUGGCCCGUGGGACCUCCCCAGCGCUCCCUGCGUGGAGGAGGCCGUGGCCGGGGGGCUCCUGGUGACCGGCAGCACGGAUGGCACGGCCAAGGUGUGGCAGGUGGCCAGCGGCUGCUGCCACCAGACACUGCGGGGCCACACGGGCGCAGUGCUGUGCCUGGUGCUGGACACGCCCGGCCACACGGCCUUCACGGGUAGCACCGACGCCACCAUCCGUGCGUGGGACAUCCUGAGUGGGGAGCAGCUGCGGGUGUUCCGGGAGCACCAGGGCUCCAUCAUCUGUCUGGAGAGGGAGAAAUCUGGGGUGCUUCAGAGCUGCCCCAGCUGCCAACCCUCCCUGCUCCUCCUCGCAGCUGGUGAACCGACUCAUGUACUCUGGCAGUGCGGACAGGACCGUCAAGUGCUGGCUGGCAGACACAGGGGAGUGUGUGCGCACGUUCACGGCCCACAGACGCAACGUGAGCGCCCUCAAGUACCACGCAGGCACCUUGUUCACGGGCAGUGGGGACGCUUGCGCCCGGGCCUUCGACGCGCAGUCUGGAGAGCUGCGGAGGGUGUUCCGGGGCCACACAUUCAUCAUCAACUGCAUCCAGGUGCACGGCCAGGUGCUCUACACCGCCUCGCACGAUGGCGCCCUGCGCCUCUGGGACGUGCGUGGGCUCCGAGGUGCCCCGCGGCCCCCUCCGCCCACGCGCAGCCUCUCACGCCUCUUCAGCAACAAGGUGGGCUGCGCCGCCACGCCCCUGCAGCCGGCCUGACCCCGCGGGGCCCCUGCCGACGCCAGCCCAGACGCCCAUCGGCUCCCAGAGCGCCCUGCCCUGCUCCCCGAGGCGGUGGCGCCCGAUGGCCGGGAGGAGCGAGGAAGCCCGGGAGGGAGGAGAGCCUGGUUUUUCUUUGGUGGCCAGGAGGCGCUGGGAGCGGGAGUGCUCGCCCUCGGGACCGCCCUCUUUUCCCUUUUAGGGUGACUCCUGCCCUCCCUCCCCAUCCCUGACCUGGCGAAAGGCCUAGUCUCAGGGACCCUCCCACCUCAGGGGCUGCGGGCGACUGCCCCAGCUCCCCCAGCCCCAGGAAACAGGGCCUUUCCUGCUGAGAGGAAGUGACUUUUUACAGAAGCCACUGAAUCUGGUUAUUUUGGCAAAUUGUCCGUCUUGAGGGCCUUGGGGGGAACUAAAAUACACAGCCUGAAAGUU